AUGGUUGGAACAGCGGAUCCAUAUUACAAUCGCAAACCAGUCCCUGACGAGCUGAUCAAGGAUGUCGGGUACACGGGAUUGUCACCUGAGCAGGAGUUUUACAACCGCGAAAGAAAGUACAGUGCUACUGGAGUCGAUGUGAGAAGAUUCAGCAAUAGUAGGAAGGGUGGAAUGGAGCCACAAGAUGAUCCUUACUACGGACGGAGAUCGGUUUCAAAGGCCGAGAUUGUCGAUGUUGGAAAGACUGGACUGACACCAGAACAAGAAUUCUACAAUCGGGAGCGAAAAUAUAGCGCUACCGGGGUCGAUGUUAGACGGUUCAGCAAAAGUUCCUCUGGAGGAAUGGAACCACUCAACGACCCAUACUACGGCCGCAAACGAGUAUCUCUUGCCGAAAUCGCCGGAAUUGGCGAGACUGGCAGUACCCCGGCCGAGGCCUACGAAGUCCGCGAACGCAAGCAAUCUCUGUUUCAGGUUUCGGCUGACCCGUUUGACACACUCGCUGGCCGACAUCGACAAUCUGUGUCUGGAGUUGCCAGUAGUGCAUCGGCCGCAGCAACUCGUCGUCGCAGCUCCGCAGUCGCCCCUGAUGCUGAUGCGGCUGUACAUGCCCACCAGCAGUCGCAGCAUCACCAUAGUGGCUUCGACGGUGACAAGCUCGAGCCGAUCAUGAGCAGACAAGAGCUGCCUCCAGUCGACGUCGGGGAAACAUCACUCACGAGCUCGGGGAUCUCAUCAUCCACCACAUCCCAGUCGCAGAGUGGAUUGGCACGUAACGGCGUGGGUGGCGAGCAUACCCGGUUCCAUGAUGCGACUACCGUCGGACAUAAUCAUAAUCAACAAACCUUCGACGACCCAGAUAGUGUAGCUCCCGACGAGCGCAGAUGAAGAAGACAUACCCAAGAAGCUGCGAUGUCGUUCUAGGCUGUCAACCUUGAGCGUGGACAACAUCGGCUGUAAGGCAGUUACAAAAAAACACCAUGUAAUCUUGGACCUACGCGGUGCGAGCCUGCCGUUCAUGGAGAUACCCCUUUUUCCAUUAUAUCAUUGUGAAUGUAAGAAGCAGGGGGCCGGUGCGAAGAAGACAUGGUUG